AUGACCAGAAGAGGAAUGGUCACCGCUCUGAGCCUGCUAAAAGUUCAUCAGAGAACACACACAGGAGAGAAGCCGUACGUCUGCCCUGACUGUGGAACUAGUUUCUCUACACUUUCCAACUUAAAAACACAUGAACGUAUACAUACAGGAGAGAAGCCUUACUCCUGCUCUGACUGUGGAAAACGUUUUAAAACAUACGCUCAGCUAAAAGUUCAUCAGAGAACACACACAGGAGAGAAGCCUUACGUCUGCCCUGACUGUGUAACUAGUUUCUCUCACCUUUCCGACUUAAAAACACAUGAACGUAUACACACAGGAGAGAAGCCUUUCUUCUGCUCUGACUGUGGGGCGAGUUUCUCUCAACGUACACACUUAAAAACACACCAACGUAUACACACAGGAGAGAAGCCUUACGUCUGCUUUGACUGUGGAAAAUGUUUUAAAACAUUAUAUGAGCUAAAAUCUCAUCAGCGAACACACACAGGAGAGAAGCCUUACGUCUGCCCUGACUGUGGAACUAGUUUCUCUCACCCUUCCACCUUAAAAUCACAUGAACGUAUACACACAGGAGAGAAGCCUUUCUUCUGCUAUGACAGUGGGGCGAGUUUCUCUCAUCUGGUUCUACAGACGGUUGACAUCUAG